ACGCGCGCCCACUAUAAAGGGCCUGACAUUUCCUUUCUUCUCAACCACUCACGAUUCAGCCAUCAGCCAAGUAGGCAACCAUCGACAAGACUAAUUCUUCUAUCAUCAGCACAUCAUCUAGCCAAAGAUGAGGAAUCCCCUGACGCUGCUAGCGCUCCUGCCCCUCGCCGUCCUCCUCGUGUUGGCACCAGGUGAGGCGUGGGAAAGCUGUGCAUCGACAAUCAUCGCACCGCUGGGCACCGCGUGCGAUCGCGCGGGUUGUCAGGCUGAGGCCCGCAGACACUUCGACCUGACGGACUGCCACUCCGGCAACGUGACCAGUUGCAGCUGGACCGGCGAGUGCAUCACCAACGGGUGCAACUACACCUUCUGCAUGACGUUCCCGCCGGCCGCUGCACCCGUAUUGAUACCAGAAUUAGAUGAGAGUGCUGGUCAUUGACUAGCUUAGUUAUGACCGGCAUGUCAAUGUAUCUGAUUGAAAUAAUAAGGACGAUCCUAUGGCGAUGCAGUGGAAACUUGCAUACUGUAUCCAAUCUAUACUAAUAAAUGUCAAUGAUUUAGUAGCAAGAUUUUACAUGGUGGUGUUGAU